UGUGUGUGUGUGUGUGUGUGUGUGUGUGUGUGAGAGAGAGAGAGAGAAAGAGAAAGAUCGCUCAGGGAGGCUUGGACGGACCCACAAACAUGAACCGAUCACCUGAUGGUGCUCGCCGGAGAGGAUUGCAGGAAACCGCAGCGCUGCGCUCCAUCCCGCAACCUCCGAGGAUGGAAAGUUAAGGCCAGAAACGAAGAGUACCAACAAAAUAAAACACCUAUUUUUCAUCCCCCUCUCCGUUUCCCCUUUUAAACCCUUGCUGUUUUUCGGAUGGAGCACAAUGCAUUUCUUCACCAGGGUAUAUACCUUGACACAUACAUAAAUAAAUGUCCAUCAGGAUCUAACAGCCGGAUCAAGUGAACAGUUUAUUAUUUUAUUUUACUCUGGAGAAUGAUGGGAAUUGUAUCAAUACUGCAACACUGAGCAUCCGAGGGGCUGUCGGAAGCGCUGAGAGCAUCUCCAGAGGAACCGGGAUUGUGUUGGAUGCUCCUUGCUUACACACACAGGGUUUAAUGAACCCAGGAGUGUAGCUUCGUUCGAUGGGGGGAAAUUAUCCAAAAUAAGAGGAGAACGAUAAAAAGUGGUUGCCAUGGACCUUAAGGAUUUUUACCUGUUGGCUGCCCUGGUUGCCUGUUUUUGGCUGGACCCUGCCGUAGCCCAGGAGCUGAUCUACCCUAUCCGAGAGGAGCUCCAAGAGAAUGCCCUCAUUGGAAACAUACCAAAGGAUCUGAACAUUUCCCACAUAAAUGCUGCUACCGGAGCGAGUGCUAAUUUGGUUUACAGGCUGGUCUCUAAAGCUGGGGACAACCCUUUGCUCAAAGUUCUGAGUAGCACCGGGGAGAUCUUCACAACUUCGAACCGCAUCGACCGGGAGAGGCUGUGCCCCGGCCCUUCUUAUGAGGAAAACGAGUGCUCUUUUGAGAUAGAGGUGGUCAUACUGCCAAACGACUAUUUCAGGCUGAUUAAAAUAAAAAUUAUAGUGAAGGACACAAAUGACAAUGCCCCUAUGUUCCCUUCCCCCGUUAUAAAUAUUUCCAUCCCGGAGAACACGCUGAUUAACAGCCGCUUUGCUAUCCCCUCUGCCACUGAUCCAGACACAGGCUUUAACAGCGUGCAGCACUAUGAGCUUCUCAAUGGGCAGAACACAUUUGGCCUGGAUAUAGUGGAAACCCCAGAGGGAGAGAAGUGGCCCCAGCUGAUUGUGGAGCAGAACCUGGACAGGGAGCAGAAGGACACAUAUGUGAUGAAGGUCAAAGUGGAGGACGGCGGCAACCCCCAGAAGUCCAGCACGGCCAUCCUCCAGGUGACAGUGACCGAUGUCAAUGACAACAGGCCCGUCUUUAAGGAGAGCCAAAUGGAGGUCCAUAUACCCGAGAACUCCCCUGUGGGCACCUCUGUGGUGCAGCUACAGGCGACUGAUGCCGAUGUCGGGUCUAACGCUGAAAUCCGAUACCUGUUCAGCACACAAGUCUCCCCGGCCACUAAAAGGCUGUUUGCGUUAAACUCCACCAGUGGCCUCAUCACUGUGCAGCGGCCUCUGGACAGGGAGGAAACAGCCAUCCACAAGUUGUCAGUGCUGGCCAGUGACGGUAGUCAGAGCUCGGCCAGGGCUACUGUCACCAUUAAUGUGACGGAUGUGAAUGACAAUCCUCCUAAUAUAGACCUGAGGUAUAUAAUCAGCCCCAUUAAUGGCACCGUGUUCCUUUCUGAGAAGGAUCCAAUCAACACCAAGAUCGCUCUGAUCACGGUGUCCGACAAGGACACAGACGUCAAUGGUAAAGUUAUUUGUUUUAUUGAAAAGGACGUCCCCUUCCACCUCAAAGCUGUAUAUGACAACCAGUAUCUGCUGGAGACGUCCUCGCUGCUUGAUUAUGAAGGCACGAAAGAAUACAUCUUUAAAAUCGUUGCCUCAGACUCCGGGAAACCGAGUUUGAAUCAGACCGCUUUGGUGAGAGUCAGGCUAGAAGAUGAGAAUGACAACCCUCCGAUCUUUAGCCAGCCUGUCAUUGAGCUUUCGGUCAUGGAAAACAACAAACGUGGCUUGUUCCUCACCACCAUCAGCGCCACGGAUGAGGACAGUGGCAAGAAUGCAGAGAUUGUUUACCAGCUGGGACCCAAUGCCUCUUUCUUUGACCUGGACCGCAAAACAGGAGUUCUGACAGCAUCAAGGGUUUUUGACAGGGAGGAGCAGGACAGGUUCCUCUUUACAGUCACAGCGAGAGACAAUGGAACCCCGGCACUUCAAAGCCAGGCUGCCGUGAUCGUGACCAUACAGGACGAGAAUGACAACAGCCCCAAGUUCACCCACAACCACUUCCAGUUUUUCGUGUCCGAGAACCUGCCAAAGUACAGCACGGUGGGCGUCAUCACUGUAACGGACGCUGACACUGGGGAGAAUGCAGCGGUGACCCUCUCCAUACUGAAUGACAAUGAGAACUUUAUUUUGGACCCUUUUUCUGGAGUUAUAAAGUCCAACGUGUCUUUCGACAGAGAACAGCAGAGCUCUUACACCUUUGACGUGAAAGCGGUGGACAAUGGCCGACCACCAUGCUCCUCUUCUGCCAAAGUAACCAUAAAUGUUAUAGACGUCAAUGACAACACUCCAGUGGUGAUUUAUCCCCCUUCAAAUGUCUCAUUCAAGUUGGUGCCAUUCUCAGCUAUCCCUGGCUCGGUGGUGGCUGAGGUCUUUGCUGUGGACAGUGACACGGGAAUGAACGCGGAGUUGAAGUACACUAUAGUGAGCGGCAAUAGCAAGGGAUUGUUUAGGAUUGAUCCCGUAACAGGCAACAUCACCCUCGAGGAGAAGCCAGACAGCAGUGCAAUUGGCCUCCACCGGCUGGUGGUUAACAUCAGCGACCUGGGUUAUCCCAGAUCUCUGCACACCCUGGUCUUGGUUUUCUUGUAUGUGAAUGACACAGUAGGCAACGCCACCUACAUUUACGACCUCAUCCGCCGGACCAUGGAGACGCCCUUGGACAGAAAUAUUGGCGACAGCAGCAAGGCUUACCAGGGAGGUGACAACUUGACAAUCAUGAUAGCCAUCAUGGCAGGUGCCAUGGUGGUGAUCGUUGUCAUAUUCAUUACCGUGCUGGUGCGUUGCCGCCAUGCGUCCAGGUUCAAGGCCGCGCAGCGGAAGAAGCAGGGUGCCGAGUGGAUGUCGCCAAACCAGGAAAACAAGCAGAACAAAAAGAAGAAGCGCAAGAAAAGGAAGUCACCAAAGAGCUCCCUGUUGAACUUUGUCACCAUUGAGGAGAACAAGCCUGAUGAUCCAGCGCAUGAGCCAAUUAAUGGCACAAUAAGCCUUCCUGCAGAGUUGGAAGAGCAGGGCAUAGGGCGGUUUGACUGGAGCUCCGCACCCACCACCACCUUUAAACCCAGCAGCCCUGACCUGGCCAGACACUACAAGUCGGCUUCACCGCAGUCCGCUUUCCACCUCAAGGCCGACACCCCAGUGUCAGGGAAAAAGCACCAUGUGGUUCAGGAACUCCCCCUGGACAACACCUUUGUUGGGGGCUGCGAUACUCUCUCCAAACGAUCCUCCACCAGCUCAGACCACUUCAGUGCCUCUGAGUGCAGCUCCCAGGGCGGGUUCAAGACAAAGGGGUCCUUGCACACCAGACAGGGAACUUUAACCCGAGCCCGAACUGAACUGAAUCCUGAAUAUCUGGACCUUCGAUCCCGGACCGAGCUGAAUCCAGAAUACUGGAACCCAUGCACACCAUUAUCGCAGAGGCGUGUAACAUUCCACCUGCCCGACGGCUCCCAGGAAAGCUACAGUGACAGUGGUUUAGGGGACCACGAGCCCGUGGGCAGUGGAACGCUCCUCUCACACCCUCUCCCUCUGGUUCAGCCGCAGGAUGAGUUCUACGAACAGGCCUCGCCAGACAAGAGGACCGAAGCAGACGGCAACUCCGACCCAAAUUCUGAUGGGCCUCUGGGACCCAGGGGACUUGUUGAAGCCACUGAGAUGUGCACCCAAGAGUGCCUGGUGCUCGGCCACUCAGACAACUGCUGGAUGCCACCAGGCCUGGGAUCGUACCAGCAGCCAAAAUCCCCUAUUUCUGCCUUUGGCAGUCAAAAAGAAUGGUCUAAGGACAAGCUCCUGAAUGGGCACUCCCUCACAAGAACCUGGAACAGUGACGGAAGCCGGGAGAAGUUUGGGGACCGCAAGCAGUUUGGGAGUGCCGAAGGGCAUUUUACCAGCGGAAGCCACAUGUCAGACAUUCCACUGGCAAGCUUGAAGUCCUACAAAGAAGCAUCAGCUGUCGAUAGCCCAAAGGAACACCAGCUAUAAAGAAAGGAAAGCAAAAAAAGAAGAAAACAAAAAAAAAAAAAAAAAGAUUUGUUGACUGUAUCUGUCGGGCACUUUGUUCAUACAUCUUUUCAUUUAAACUGAUGCUAUUGCCGUGUGAUAGUAACAAAAUGUACCAAGUAGGCCUCUAGACUUGUGCUAUUGCAGAAAGUAUUCUGUACACUUCUACUUUUGUUGACCAUACUGAAGGCUUAGUAUUUUACAAAAAAAAAAAAAAAAAAGUAUAUAACACUUGUUUUAGAUAAACUGUUUAUAUAAAAACUCAGCAGACUUUCAGAAAACUCAAAUGUCUUGGUACAUCCUGUGCACUUAAAUGAAACAGAAAAAAAAAAAAAAAGGAAAAAAAAGUUUUGUGAACUGAAAAAAAUAAGUGACAUAUGAAAAAUGAAACAAAUUCCAAUGGUUUACCAAUAUCCAGAUAUUGUGAAGUGAAUGUUAUUCAGCUGGUUUGGGACUACACUAUAUUAACCAGUACUGUCAAAGAACAUUUAAAUUAAGAGCCCAUUUUGCUAUUAACACUGUAAGUGAAAAUUUGUUGAGUUAGUCAUUGUUGCAGUGUUUGUAUAUAGAACAAAUACUAACCAGUUGUAUGUAUCUGUAAUAAUCACAUGGAAUAAGGCAGUGUUUCAUUAUUGUUCCUCAUUUUAAUUUGUCAUUAUGUCAUCUUACUUCCUUAUUUAAACAUCUAGCCAAGAUCGACGACAUAUUUAAACACAGAAUAUGUAAAAUGUUCCCAACACUCAAAUAUUUAAGAAAAAUAUAAACAUAAAUCAUUUAAUU